UUAAAAAAUUUGUUUCUAGCUUAUGGCAAAGUCUUUUUGGUUCGUAAACUUGGAGGGCACGAUCAUCGAAAAUUGUAUGCAAUGAAGGUGUUGAAGAAGGCGUCUAUUGUGCAAAAGCAAAAGACGUUGGAACACACAAAAACGGAGAGACAAGUUUUGGAAACAAUAAGACAGUCACCUUUUCUAGUUACUCUGCAUUAUGCCUUUCAAACUGAUGCACAAUUGCACCUUAUUCUUGAUUACAUUUGUGGAGGAGAAUUGUUCACUCAUCUAUAUAACCGAGAACAUUUUAUGGAAAGUGAAGUUAGAAUAUACAUUGGCGAAAUCAUUUUAGCCUUGGAACAUUUACAUAAGCUUGGCAUCAUAUAUAGAGACAUAAAAUUGGAGAAUAUUUUAUUAGAUUCCAGUGGUCAUGUUGUUCUAACAGAUUUUGGACUUAGUAAAGAAUUUCUACCUCAUGAAACGGACCAACGAACUUACUCUUUUUGUGGAACGAUAGAAUACAUGGCUCCCGAAGUAGUUAAAGGUGGCAAUGUUGGACAUGAUUUUUCUGUUGACUGGUGGAGCGUCGGUGUCUUGACGUACGAACUGCUUACGGGUGCAUCACCUUUUACGGUAGAAGGCGAAAAGAAUACGCAAUCUGAAAUUUCUAAGCGUAUUUUGAGGACCCAACCACCCAUUCCUGAACAUUUAUCUCCAGAAGUCAAGGACUUCAUACAACGAUUACUGAUUAAAGAUCCUAGAAAACGUUUGGGUGGAGGUGUUGGAGAUGCACUUGAACUUAAAAGGCAUAAAUUUUUUAAGGGUCUUAAUUGGGAUGAGCUUGCCCAGAAGAAAAUUCCUGCGCCAUUUGUGCCUAAGAUUACGGGGGAACUUGACGUGAGUAACUUUUCUGCUGAAUUCACGGAGAUGGAACCCACUAAUUCCCCUGUUGCAACCCCACUGAGUGAUGAUACUUUAUUUAAGGGUUAUUCUUAUGUAGCACCUUCAGUACUUUUUAGUGAAAAUGCAGUUAGUGAUGAUAUUUUUGGUCCGUCCCACGAGAAUAAACCAAAUACGUCUCAUUUAGUGGCAGCAAAAUUCAGAAAUUCGCCAUUUUUCCAACAUUAUGAUCUUGUCAUUAAAGAAGGAUUUCUAGGAGAUGGUAGCUUUUCUGUAUGCAGAAAAUGUAUUCACAAACGAACCGGUGCUGCCUAUGCUGUCAAAAUUAUUAGCCGUCGUAUUGAUAGCAGUAGGGAAAUUCAGCUCCUUAGGUUUUGUCAAGGACAUCGUAAUAUUGUUAAUUUCUAUGAAGUAUUUCAAGACGAGACCCAUACAUAUAUGGUAUUGGAACUCCUAAAAGGUGGAGAACUUCUAGAAAAAAUAAGAAGAAAAUCGAGAUUUACUGAGAAAGAAGCAGUUUCUAUAUUCCAGAAGUUAGUAUCUGCAGUUAGUUACAUGCAUGCAAGAGGGAUUGUUCAUAGAGAUCUCAAACCAGAGAAUCUCCUGUUUUCCGAUGAAUCUGAAAAUUCCGAAAUUAAAAUAGUAGACUUUGGAUUCGCAAGAUUUAAACCUGAAAAUCAAGCAAUGAAGACUCCAUGUUUUACACUUCAUUAUGCUGCUCCAGAAGUGCUAAAACAAGCCAUUACAGGUUCUGAUAAUAAUGGUUAUAAUGAAUCCUGUGAUUUAUGGAGCCUGGGAGUAAUUUUGUAUACGAUGCUCUCUGGAAAGGCACCCUUUCAAUCCUACAGCAGAGAAGCUAGUGCAGCUGUAAUAAUGCACCGUAUCAAAGAAGGUGAAUUCAAUUUCUCUGGAUUACAAUGGGAAAUGGUGUCGAACCAAGCCAAAGAUGUAAUUAGAGGUCUCUUGACUGUCGAUCCUCGUCAGCGUUUAACCAUGGCCGAGCUGAGGACACAUCCUUGGGUUCAGGGUCAGUCACGCGGUGUGUACUCUGGUACUCCUCUGAUGACUCCCGACGUAUUGAGUUCGCUGUCUUCGCCCAGGGUGGCCGACUGUGCAUUGAAGGCCACUUUCGACGCUUUUCACAUGGCGACGAGAGGAGGUUUCAGGCUCUUGGACGUUUCUGCGGCUCCCCUGGCCCAGAGAAGAAAGCUUAAAAAGAGUUCCGACGCUCAGAGUUACUCCUCCAUUAGUAGUACUAGCAGCAGUUGUGACUCUCCUACUAGUUCGGCAAGAUCAUCAUCAUCAUCUUCGUGUUUUUCUGUCUCAUCCACUCCAACAAAAACCUGUGAUUCUGUUCAAUCGCUCGGAUUCAUUCCCACAAGAGACGACUCUCAAGCAGGACUAAGCUCCGUUUUCAACUAUUCUGACACAAAAGUCACAGCCUACCUAUCGACUCUUCCAUCUCAACAAAGUGAUGCUUCGAAACAUCAUUGUGCAAUGACUGAUGCAGUUUUUGUGAACGAUAAUCCGGCCGUUUCUGGCGAAAUCGUCGUGGGACCUACGACACGCUCUAGGAAAAGGAAACUGGCAAACACGGAAGCCACAAAGUGCGACGACGACUGCAUCGUGAUAGAAGAACGCCUGUCUCCGUCGCUACAGAAGAAGGCAAAGAAGGUGAAAAUCGAAACAAUAGUGAUUGAUUGAUCAUUAUCAAAACUGUAAAUAGCAUAGUCAAAUAUAGGAGCUUUUUUAUCUGUAAAUUUUGCUUUAAUUCUUACACGGUGCGACAAAGUUACUCGCCCAAAAACUCUGACUUUGUUGCAAACGAAAUUGUAUUGGACGGCACCUUGCCCAAUUUUCAUAAAACUCGAGGGUCCACACCGUAAUGGGUUAUGUUAAUUUGUAGAACGACAUAGAAAUACAUCAGAUCAUUUCAGAGUUUGAUUGCCUGAAAAUGCAAACUAACACAGUAGCAAUGCAAUUUCUUACCAAGGUAAAGGCUUACUUUUAUUUUAUUUUAUUUUUGGUUUAAAUCAUGUUUUCUUUUACAUAAAUGCUUUAUAUGUAUAUCAUAUUUUACUUUAUAUAGCUUCACUUCUUCCAUUAAGAAAAAAAAAUUUUUCAAAAUGUUUUUAUAUUGAAUAUCAUCUCAUAUUAUGUAAAAACUUUAAAAAAAAAAUCUCUAUAUUAGUCUCUGUCGAGAUGCGGCGAGGGCGACCCGCCAGAACCCGCAACACCGCGAAGAUGGCUGUCGAUAUAUUUAUAAACUAAUUGUCCGGCGGGUCGCCCUCCGAGCGUCGGACGGGUCGUAUUGCCUUAUUGCAUAAUAAUAGGUGCCUCUUAAGAUUGCACUAAUUAUUUUUAAUGUACAUUCACAAAAUGUGAUUUCAGGGAAUAAAUAAUUAUAUAUGUAUACAUUAAAAAAAAAAAAAUACAAAUUAUGGGAUAUGGUUGAGAAAAAUAAGCUGCUGGUAACCAAAGCAAACUAUUAAUUGUUGUCCCAUCUCCUUUCAUAUAACAUUGGUUUUUACAGCAGCAUUUGAAAGUCAAUUUUUCUAGCCAAACCGAUUAUAUAUAUAUAUAUAUUAUUAUUAUUAUUAUAUAAAUAAAAAAAAGAAAUUAAGAUAUAUACUAAUGAAAUUUGAAGAAAAUAUGUAAUUUAUUUAAAAAUAAUUAAAAAAAAAGUUAGAUUUAUUAUUAUUUAUUCCAAUUUAAAAUAAUGGGCAAGAGUUGUUAACAUUCUAGAUAUAGACUAGUCUUAAUUCCUGAGAAAUUCAAUGAAAUUUUAUGUCUCUUGAGUUUUUAGUUAGCUGUCGAAGGCAGUGUUGUGAUAACGUUUGGCGGAAGCUUUUUCAUAUACAAGAGAGGUUACAAAACUUUUAUGAAAUGCUAUUUUUAAUUGAUCCAUUGUAAUAUAUUUGUUAAAAUUCAUCUAAAUGGAAAAGAGGGAACGAAAAAAAAAAAAAAA